AUGGUUUCUGAGAUUGAGCACAACGAUAUCGGAGGAUUAACAAAUUUUUCUGGAACUGGGAUAUUUAACGAGGUGAAUAUAAAAAGAAUUGAUUCUUUUAUAGAUGAUGACGCAAGCGAAGAUUAUUUCUUAAAUUCAACACAAAUAAUACAAAAAUAUGGCUACGAUGUUGAGGCACACUAUGUGUUAUCAGAAGAUGGAUACAUAUUGAAAAUGUUUCGAAUUCCGGGAUCAGGGCCCGUUGUUUUACUCAUGCAUGGACUUUUGGAAAGUUCAGAUGACUGGAUCACAACAGGCAGCAAUAAUGGUAUAGCUCUACGUUUGGCUGCUCAAAACUUUGACGUAUGGAUGGGUAAUGCCCGAGGAAAUAGACAUUCUCUAAACCAUAUUUAUUUAAAUUCACACCAGCCAGAAUUUUGGAAUUUCACUUGGCACGAGAUCGGUAUUUACGAUGUACCGGUAUUGGUAGACCAUGUUCUAGAAGCAACAAAUUCAAAAUCUCUCAUAUAUAUUGGACAUUCACAAGGAACUACAACAUUCUAUGUAAUGGCUUCAAUGAAACCCCAAUAUAAUGAAAAGAUAUCCCUUAUGAUAUCCUUGUCUUCAGUCGCUUAUUGUACAAAUAUUAAAAGUCUUCCUCUAAGACUACUAUCCGACUUCGUAGACGAAUUCUACGCAUUGCUGAUGAAAAUUGGAGUAUAUGAUUUAUUUGGACAUGACGAUUCAUUUCAGCCUUUGGAAACAGUUUUAUGUGGGAAUACCUUCACAGCAUUCUUAAUAUGCAAGUUUAUUGAAUCUAGUUUAGUUGGUUUUAAUUAUGCUCAGGCGAACAUUCCACGACUACCAGUAAUUUAUAGACAUUUUCCGACGGGUAUAUCUCUGAAACAAUUUGUACAUUAUUUACAAUUAGGUAGGACUGAAUAUUUUCAACAAUUCGAUUAUGGUCCACUCAAUUUAGAACAGUAUGGCUCAGAGCACCCGCCAUCGUAUCCAAUAGAAAAUAUAACAGCACCUAUUGCUAUAUUUUUUGGCGAAGGCGAUUUACUUGCAGUUAGGGAAGAUGUUGAAAAAUUUGCUCAAAAGUUGCCUAAUUUAAUCGAUUUUUAUACUGUUCCAAACAAGAAAUUUCAGCAUUUUGAUUUUUUGUGGUCUAGAGAUAUAAACAAAUUAGUUUUAGCUAAACUAUUCGAUUUAGUUAAGAUUUAUGCGUGA